GUGAGUACAUGGGUCACCCUAUCUGUGGCUACCACUCGAUGAGCAUGCUUUUAUUUUUAGAAGUCAUGUGAUGCUGAAUAACACAGACAUGCGCAGAUAUAGUCGGAAAUAGGAAACGCAAAUUAAAGUUGAGAUCAAAUAAAACAAUAGAUUGUACAAUUAAGACAUGGCAACAGGACAAGAUAUAGCAAAAGCUGGUUGGCUUUAUAGAGAAAGCUCUGUACUGAAGAGAUGGAAAAAGAAUUGGGUUGUUCUAGACCGAAAUGGAGAUUUGAGAUAUUUUGAAAGUCCUGAUCACCAUACAGCUGAGGAGAGGAUUGUUGUAAGAGCUCAAGUAUUGAAAAUUAGAACAGGAUUUGAGUGUGGUGCUCUGUCACCACCAGAUAGAAUGGGCAAGUCUUCUCUUUUUGUCUUGGAUAUGAACAAUGGUGAAUCAAUUGCUUUUUGUGCCGAGACUCCAGAUGAUAUGAGUGCUUGGAAGAUCGCUUUAGAAGAUGCUCGGACACAGAUGAUGGCUCCACGUGCCACAAAUAUUUCCUACCAAACGGUUGUUAAUCCUUUGGCAACAACAACUGUGAUUGGUGGACCAGGUUAUUAUCAUUCUGGUUAUUCUGGUUAUCCAGGUCGUGUUCUAUCAGCACCAGCUGUGACAGUUGUACCACAAACACAAGUGUAUCAAGCAGGAGGCCCAAUGGGUGCAACUACCGUUAUCAAUGCUCCUCCACCACAACAAGUGGUCUAUAUGGAUUCUUCACCAUGUUAUUAUCGAAGACGAGGUCUAUGGGGACCAUACCUCUGGUAGACACGUUGCAAAUAUGGGCUUAAAUCGCCUAGGAAGAGUUGGUUUUACAUUAUGUUUGAUUUUGAAAAUUUUAUAUAUUUUUUCUUUUAAAUUGUAUUUUUCAUUAAAGUGCUUUCUUGAAUUUUUAUACGGCCACAUAGAAGUGUGGACGUAUAUUGCCGUCGCCCCAGUCCGUCCAUCGUCCAUAAUUUCUUGUUAACGCUCUAACGCCAAAAUUUAUCAUCCAGUUUUUUUAAAAUUGAUAUAUGUUUGCAUUAGUGAGAUGAAGAAGCCUAUUUAAUUUCAAUAAUUUCCGUUUAUUAUGUCUAGAGUUAUGGCCCUUGUUUCACUUUGUUGAACCUUGUGAACGCUCUAAUGCCAAAAGUUAACAUCUUAUCUUUGUGAAAUUUAUAUGCAUGAUUUAAAUUAGUGAAACGAAGAAGCCUAUUUAAGUUCAAUAAUUUCUGUUCAUUACGUCUAGAGUUAUGGCCCUUGUUUCACUAUAUUGAACAUUGUGAACGCUCUAACGCCAUAAGUUAUCAUCCGAUCUUUCUGAAAUUUAUAUGCAUUAUUUAAAUUAGUGAAACGAAGAAGCUUAUCGAAUUUCAGCAAUUUCUGUUUAUUACGUCUCCAGUUAUGGCCCUUGGUUCACUUUAUUGAACCUUGUGAACAAUCUGACAUCAAAAGUUAUAUGCCAAUCUGUAUGAAAUUUGCAUACGUCAUUUAAAUUAGUAAAGAGAAGAAUCCUAUUGAAUUUUAGCAAUUUCCAUUUAUUACUUCUAAGAGUUAUGGGCAAGUUAUGGCCUUUAUUUCACUUUGUUCAACCUUGUUAAUGCUCGAUUGAUGAAAGUUAUCCUCCAAUAUGUAUGAAAUUUAUAUGCAUCGUUUAAAUUUGUGAAACAGAGGUCUAUUGAAUUUCAGCAAUUUCUGUCAAUAAUUUCUAGAGUUAUGGCGGUUGUGAACCUUGUGACGAAAGUGAUCAUCUAAUCUGUAUAAAAUUUAUAUGCAUUAUUUAAAUUAGUAAAACGAAAAAGCCUGUCAAAUUUCAACAAUUUCUGUAGAUUACUUCCAGAGUUGAGACCCUUGUUUCAGUUUGUAGAACCUUGUGAACCCUCAAACGGCAAAAAUUAUAAUCUGAUCUGUAUGGAACUGUCUUGUAAAGGCCCCCAAUUACCUACAAAAUAAUAAAUAUGCGACAACACUUGUCGGACGAUUUAGCUCCUGUGGGCGUAUGUUUUGUUGCCUGGCAACCUAUCUUUUUUUUAUUGAAUGUUAAUAAAUGAAACUUGCAAUUCAAAUCAAAUUUAUGACCAAGCAUUUAUUCCAUGAUUAGUCCUUGUUGUAUUAUAAGUCGUUAGUUUUAAUUUCACUGACCACAAAUUUAUCCACAUUAAUAGCGUUUAUUACUACUUAGUUUUAUUCAUAAUAAAUCAUAAUUAAAUAAUGACUGUGAUAUGCACCUAUAGAUGUAUUUAAAUAUUGAUGCUUAUGAUGAUUGUUUAGUUAACAUGAAAAAAUUUGUUUAUUGUAAUUGUUUAUGAUAUACACUUCAAAAAUGUGAUAUAGAAAGCACUAUAGUUAUUAUAUUGAAUUAUUGCCUGGAGGCACUUUGUAAAAUGGAAAAUCUCUUUUAAAAAUAACAUAAACCUAAGACUAAAUAUUAUGCCUGCAGAGUCGGUGUUAAUCCAUAUACAGUAAGGGAGAUAAUCAACUUCAGGAUCAAGUAAUUUGUCUCAAACCUUUUUAUUCUCAGUUUUGUAGGAUUAUGUCAUUUUUGAAUAAGAUUUCCUAUUUACAAUUUCAUGUACCUGUGUUUAUACACUGAGACCGAGAAUUUCAAUAAACAAUCCUAAAUUC